UAAGAAGCUUGUACUAUUGGACUCAAGUUGACUGGAGUGAUUGAGCACCAAGCGUGUUGGCAAUUGACAAGUACUGCUGGUGCGAAGUUCAGCCACCCAAACUUUCCAGACCCAUCCUGAAAAUCCACUCUGCUUUCACCAAGAUUGAUCUCGCAAUGAGGACUAGCACCUUUACGACCUCUCUUUCUUUCGUUUUCCUCCUUCUCAUCUCCCCGGCUCGAAGUCUGAUCCACAGCAUUUCCGCACCUACAAAAAUCCUUCACCCAGGUGAAAAGUUCAUCGUGACAUUCCACACAACCCCUUACAUCCAAAGCAACCUUCAAUUCUACGCUCUCUUCGGGAUUGCACCCUUUCCUGGCUUGGGAGUGUCCUUCUUGGGACUUCCCAUUCCGGCUGUGGCCCCCGUUCCUGGUGCAGAUGGUGGAUUGGGUUUACGUAACCUCUUUAGCGGACCCAGCGGGAAGGGAAAAUCUGGGAUCGACAUUGGUGGAAUAGAUCUCUGGGAGGCGAAUUUGGGGAACAUUGGUAGUCCGAAGGGAUUCAACGUGACGUUGAGGUUACCCGUGGAUUUGAGCACGACGAAAAAUCGAGUGACGAAAGUCGUGCUUCAAACUGGUGUGCUUGGAAACGUAUGCCUUGGUCAUUUACUAGUUUUCGCACAUCACGACUAACCACUUUGAUUUUGAUUUGAUUUUUCUUUUCAUUCCUCCGUUCAAAUCUAAACCACCAAACUCGUCGAUGACGUAAUAUUUCGGGACGGGUUACCCAGGUGGGAGCAUCUAGGUUCACAACGCUGUCCUUUUUCAACACUACGAUUAGUAUCAAGUCUCCCUAACGCUCCUGAUGCCCACCCCAACAAAUUUCUAACGCGUUUCAUCGAUAUUA